GUCUUGGAGGCACUAUAUUAACGCCAUUCCGCGCUCACAUGCACCCUCGAUCUCUCUGUUCUUCUCUCUUUUUCCUCAGUCCCCUCUGCAUAAUCCUCACCGUUUCUCACCGCACAUUGCACCCGUCCUGAAACAAUAGGCACGCCGUGGCUUUUUAUCCAUACAACGUAGUUCCCACGACUAGGCGUGCAUGUGACGCUCGCCACUAAUUCCAGGCCUCAGGAACCAAACGGCACAAAUAGACCCCUAGGCCAAACUCUAUACAUUUUCUCCUCGCCGCGGCCUUCCCUCCGCUGCAGGCGUCGAUUCUUCUCGCGAAACAAGGUUCUGACGACUCCAUCGAACCUGUGCGCGAAGGCCAUAGAAAAUCACAAUUUCCUUGUGCUCUCCACCGUCAGCACAAAAAUCAGAGCCUACCAUCUACCAUGGGCGCGAGCAUCACGCCUCCAGACUUCAACCGGCUGCUGGCCCCAAUCCUGCCAGCUCUCCCAACAGCUACCGUCUCGACCGAGCCGGCUGUGGGCAUCCUGCCUCUCCUCUCGCCCAUCCUCAGACAAAGAGUGAAGCUGUUUUCCUCCGGCAGCACGGAGCCUUGGCUAAAGCUGCUAUCCUACGACACCGCCAAAGCUGCACAGUUGAUCGAGCUGGUGCAAAAUGGAAGCCUGGAACCUCAUCCUGUUUCGGGCGAGGUUGAGGUUGACUGGGACUACGACGCCGAGACAAGAUACAAGAGAUUGGACCGAGAGACGCUGCAGGCAUUGACAGUCCUGGUCGACCUCGGGCUUGCUUUUCAGCUGGUAUACUGCGUCAACGACGCCGAGGGUGGUGGCGAUGGCUGGAGAGUGGGAGAAGUGACUGUGGCAGACAAAGCCGUUCCCUUUUCGCAAUUCGGCGGCGUUGCCACCAUCGCACAGGCAGAGGCCAAGUUCCAGGCGCCUAGAAUCUCUGAACCCUCCGCAAUCAGCUCCAACGGGUCCUCCACCAGCGGCUCAGAUCACUUGGAGGACGACGACGACGAUGGAUACUGGGACCGCUACGAUGCCACUCCCGCACGCACUCCGGCCAACAACCGCUCUCCAGCUCCUCAGGCUCCUCAGGCCGGUACUGGCGCUGGCGCUUCUGCCACCACAUCCGCAUCCCACUGGAGCGCCUACAAUGCUUCUGCCGCAAUGGACGAUGAUGAUGAUGACGACUACUAUGCGCAGUACGACUCCGUCCAGCCGGCAAUGGACAACCACGAUCCUGACGAGGAGGCUAUGCUGCGAGCUCACGUCCAACCACCCCUCGGCCUAGGUCACUCCAACGACCCUGUCGUUGUCACGGACGCUCCCGAACCUCAAAACUUCUGGUCUUCCACAGAAACAGACAGCAACACAAACAACAACCACAGCCAAGAGAACGCCCUCCUUUCCGCUAGAGAGCUCGCCCUCCUCCACCCACGCCCCAGGUCCAGCGCCAGCUCCAGCUCCCACGGCUCCAUUACCGUCGCCAAGCUCGAGGCCUCCGCGGGCAAGCAAGAGCAGAACGAGUUCGGCGUCAAGCAGCACGUGUCGCGCAGCAUUCGCAGUUUGUACCUGCUUGCCCGAUCUUCAGGCAUCGAGAGGGAGGAGUUUGAGCAGCUGGUGAAGAGGGAAAUGGACGUCUUGUCCUUGGUGGAGGACCAAGAGUGAUCAAAAUGCGCAUUAGGAAAAAAAAAAAAUAACACUACAAACAAACAAAAAAAAAAAUCAUCAGUCAAAUAUGAAGGCGCAUAUAUAUGAUCCUUGAGAGAGGGUAUUGGAGAUGAUUUUUGCAUCAGGAUGGAAAAGAGAUGGGAUAAAUGCAUAAUGGAUGGGGAACAAAAUCUAUUUCACAAACAGAAUGCUUUCGCCAUUUUUUUUUU